AUGUGCUACUACGAGGAGAUCUACUUCGUUUCCUGCGGUCACAAGGAGAAGCGCCUCCAACAGUAUUGUCAUUUUGCACGCAAUGACCCCGGCCAUCAGUGCUUCGGUGCUUGGAACAUCAGACGCCAGUGGGAGCAACACGAGACCGAGUGUGAGAACUGCGCCAAACAUCGACAAUACUUGAAGGCCAAUGGUCUGGCUCGCGGUGUGCAGUCGAUUUACGCAGGAGGGAGAUGA